GUUCUUUCCAGCGCCUGCCCAUGAGCAAUAUAUGUGCAUGCGACAACCCGUUUACGGAAUCAAUGGAAAGGCUAUUGGCACAGUAUGACGGUCGUACGGGUGGCGGUCAUUCGCUGCAAUUGACACUCCGGACACAGCGGGAAUGCACAAUUCGCUACAAUCUGACAUCACGCCAAUUCUUCCUCGACGAAAACGAGAUCGGCGAUCUCUUUGCUCGGACUUUGGAAAAGAUCCAUCGAUUGGUGAUAUCCCAGAUCGCAGAGGUGAACGAAAGAUUUCGAAGGAGCGCUAUCAAUGUAAGCACUGCCUCGAGCGCUUUCUGGUUGCUCAGAUGGGAUUGAAGCUGAUACCGAAGUCGUUCAUACAGAAAGUCGUCAUGGUAGGUGGGCUCAGCGCCUCGCCCUAUCUUCAGAUGAAGUUGAACCAAAUCCUGGACGAGACUCCGGGAAAUAUUACCAUGAUAGUACCCCCCGAACCGUAAGACCACCGUGACUUCCCAAUCCAACAAUAGCCUUGGGAAUCAGACUAAUAUGCAUACUCCUCAGCGAAAUGGCUGUUGCUCGUGGAGCGGCGGCUUGCGGGCUCCGAGGGCACGUUGCUCCAGAGUCCACAUGCCAGCGACACAUCGGUCUGGAACGACCCCACCCUGCAAGAGCCAGACUGGGAAGCAUGGGACCAUUGGACCCGGAAGUAUGCUGGAUGAUUAGAAAGGUAACAGGUCCCACCUGCAGUUGUGAUCAAUUGGGGAAGCCUAUGCAGCUUCAUACUAACGGGGGUGGUGUUAUGCCAUUGCAGGGCGAACGGUUUUCGACCGAUGUCUAUGUCACUUCAAUCAUCCAACUGCCCUACCAGCCAACGUGGCCGCCUACCACGACACUUCGUAUAUACGAUUGUGAUCUUGAUGCAGCACCAGAUCAAGC